AUGGAUUAUAUUAAUGAUAUGUAUUCAUUUAAUAAAUCAAAGGUCUAUGACUUUGAUAUCUAUUCAUACUUUAACGAUUACAAUGAAAUUUCACAACAACAAUACAAUGCAAAUCGUUUGAAAAAUAAGCUAAACGGUGAACAAAAACCAACACCUACAACCAUCAUUAAUAAUAGUAAUAAUAUAAAUAAUAUAAACAAUAUUACAAGUGUUAUUAAUAAAAUAUCAAUAAAUAAUCAUAAAGAAGAGAAAGAAGAUGAACAAGAAUAUGAUGAUGAUGAAGUUGAAGUUGGAGAUGAGGAUGAAGUGGAAGAUUAUGAAACAUCAGAAGAAUCAGACGAUGAUGAUGAUGAUUAUGAAUUGAUAAAUGAUUCAUCCGAUGAUUCAAAUAAAGAUUUAGAUGAGAAUAAUCAAAUAAUAUUAAAGAAUAAAAAACAAAUAAAGAAGAAUAAAAAGUCUUUAUUUAAGAAACCUAUAGAUUUUGGUUGUUAUACAAAUACAAAUAUAAAUACAAAUAUUAAUGGAAAGAGUAAUAGUAAUAAUGUAAAUAGUAAUAAUAAUAAUAAUAUAUCAUAUGUAAAUAAUAAUAGCAAUAAUAUAUCUUAUGUAAAUAACAAUAGUAAUAAUAAUAAUAAUCAUUUUAAUAACGAAAAGAAUAAAGAUAAUUAUAUAUCAUCAUAUGCAUUAAGUGAUACCGAUGUAUCGAUCGAUGGCUCUGAUUUAAUAGAUAAUUAUGUGCAGGAGGAUUCGAAUGCUACCAACAGGAAUCUACAUAGUGCAUCACCUUUUAAACCUAUACCUGUUGGUAGUAACAACUCAAUUCACAGCGGUAAUGGUGCUUCCAGUGCUGGUUCCAUUCACAUUCAAUCACAACUACAUAGAUAUACUUCUGUUGUAACUAAACAAAUGAAUUGGAAUGAUGAAUUUCAAACACUGUUGGCAAUGGAAGAUACCGAAUUAAAAUUUAGAAAACUAUCACACUUGGCAAGAGAUUUUGUAUAUGCUGCAAAAAUAUAUGCUACAAUUAUUAUAAAUGAAUUAUGUUUACCUUUUGAACAAAAGAGUUUGAGACCUGUGGAUAUGGGUGGUUUUGCAGGUGGUUUAAAGUAUUAUUGUCAGGGAAUUCUAUUCAAAUUUGCUAUGGAUUCAAUGUUGAAUGAAGAUUGUUGGAUGUACGGUGGACCUGUUCCAAGAGAUGACUAUGCUUCUAAAUCUGCAUCGAACGAACUUAAAGGAUUGAUUUCAUAUUAUAUGGCUCAAGUUAAUGGUCUUCAUUAUCCAUUGAUUGCUUUAAUUGAUUAUAAAGGAUUUAGAUUAAUUGCAUUGUCAUUGUUACCAAUCAAUUCCGAUACGAUAAGAUAUGGAUCGAGCGAUAGUGGUUCGAUUGUUCAUGAUUCCAUAGUGGAUUUGAGUCAGAAGAUGGCGGAAGCCGGAAAGAGAAUCAAUUUGAAACCUCAUUUGGUGGGCAGUGUCGAAGAACAUUCCAAGGUGUUGCCUAGUCCAGGCGACUUGGAAGCGCAUCUCGGUAAUGACAACCGUUACUACGUUAUCGACUUUAGUAGGACAUUCCCACCGGAAGCAUUGGUGAAACGUGACGAUGUCAACAAACGUAGUAUCUUUUACAAUUUGUUACGACCAGAGUUUGUUGCCAAGUGGGAGCGUCCACUUUGUAGCGAUGCUUUCACUGGCUGGCAACGACUGGACGCCGAGAAACAAGAGCACAAUGCCGAGGUGGAAGAUGCAACUCAACAUCUACUCACUGUAAUCAUUCCGCAGUUGUCGCUAAAGUUGGAUCGUGAAUACAAAGGAACGUCAUUGUUUAGUGCAAAUCCAGUGGUGCCUGGCGAGGAACCAUCGAAUUUCGAUGAAAUCAAAACACAGUUUGCAACAAAGUUCCUCCCAAUCAUCCAGAAACGUUUCGAAGGAAUUACCAAUAUCCAAACACACGCACAGCAACAAGUCACCGCGGAGAUUAAUAAUACCAAUCUUAUGGAGAGUAUAGAAUCAACCAGUUCAAUGGCGAUCCCAGAGUUGCCAGUCAAGAAACUUACUCGUUCACUCAACACUGUCAAGAAUGAAACACCUCGAUAUCUGCUUAUGAUCAUAGAGGAGAUGCACAGACUCGGUAUCAACCUUCGACACAUGGGAAGACUGCGAUCGCAUUCCAUCUCGAAUCGACUGCGUGAUCUGUUGCUACUCGAGAUGGCAGCACGUUCCAUUAAGUGUAUUAUCAAAGAGGAUAUGAGACUAAAGAUGAAAGAGGUUCAUGGAUUGUCAGAAGAACCAUUCAAAGAGGUUGUUAUCACUAUAUUCAAUAAGGUGCUCGACUUUAAAUCCGAUAUAUGGACGAGAAUCAGACAAACUAUAUCAAGUAAAUUCUAUAUGGCAUUCUCCUAUCGUAAUCCAGACAGUCCGGAUCAACAGAUUGAGGAAUCACAAGAGGAAACAUGGAUGGAGAGAAUCAACCCAAAGAAUCUGUUUGAACGACUGCAGCUUCUCACUGGAAUCACUCUGUCUCCUAUUGCUCAGUAUGAGUUCUCACGCGAUCCGCAUAUGUUCCAGUUUGUCGAUUCCGAUAUCAUUGAAAUCUACUCGAAUGUAAAGCAUAUGAAUAUCGUGGAUUAUGCAGAGGGAAUGGCACUAUCGAUGGCAGCACAAAACAAAAAGGGACGUGAACGUCUGAGGUUACUAAAGAUGGCGACUUCCAAGUUCCAAUCGUCACUGAAAUCCAACCCGGAAAACUUUGAUUGUAUUUGUCAGCUUGGCAGAACAUUGGUAGUCCAGGCCGACUCUAUCACUUCGGUCACCGGUGGUUUUGGUAAGAAUCAAUAUAUCAAGACACUGGAGGAAGCUGCUCUAAAGUUCAAGGAUGCCAUACAGAUAUCUCCGACUUACUCACCUGCAUACUAUGAACUGGCACAUGUCUACAUCCUCAUAGCGCAACACUUCCACUCCGUUCCAUUCAAGUGUCAGCGAUACUACAAGAUGGCAGCGGAUGAAUUUGAAAUGGCACUAAAGUAUGAACAUCCCGAGAAGCAGUCGGAUCUCUUUGCCUCGGUGUUGGACAGUGCUCGUAAUCUCUUUGAUCGUGGUCUCGAAGGUUGGUCUACCUACAUCAUUGGAGUGACGCUGAUAUGUCUCGGACUGGAACGAUUCAAUCCCAAAGAUGCAUCGGUCAAACUACUACUUGGAAAGUCAUACAUCUACCGGCCAUUCUACGAUUUCGAAGAAGAGAAAGAAAGAAACAAUUUCUACAUUGAAGCGGCAACUAAAUUCCAACAGGCACUACUACUUUCAAACUCUGUCAAAUCUGAAAUCCUAGAGAUUGGAAGAGACAUUUGGUUGAGAUCAAAAGUUGGAAAUAGAAAACUCUACUAUCCUGCUACCUAUAUAUUCAGGCUACUAGUAAGAGGAAAAUAUUUCCAAGAUAACAAAGCAUAUUCAAUGUAUUUAGAUUCAUUAUUUGAAAUUAUAAGAAUUGAUACAAGUUUAGAAAAUCCUUUUAUUAUCGAAUUAAAGGAAUUGUUGGAAUUGUUGAUUAGUAUUGACAAUCAAUAUUGUAAAGAUAAGAUUGAUUCUGCAAUAACUAAUCAACAACAAGAGUUGUGUGAUUUCUUAAAGGUGGCAUCUAUAUCUACGGUUGUGAUGAAUAGACUUAGGGAAAAGUCGGUUGGUUUGAAAAAGGUAAAUUUGAUGAUGACUUCCAUUGGAAAUCAAACAUUGUCAUCGAUUGCCGGUGUAUUUCAAAGCAUGGAGGAUCUGAAUCUUUCCAACUGUCCGUUGUUGACUGACGAUGGUAUAUCAGAGUUUCUCACCAAUCAUGGUAAACCACUGACGACACUCAACCUCUCAAUGACACUGAUCAGCUCGAAAUCAAUCACCAUUAUUUCAAACUUUUGUCAACUCAUUCAUAGUCUUGAUAUCCAGAACUGUCCGAUGGUAACCACCGAGAAUCUACGUCAACUCGCUCAAAUUCCAAAGUUGAAGAAGAUCGAUAUCUCCAAGUGUAAGGUGACCAAUGAGGUGGUGGCACUUUUGUUUGCACACAAUAUCCAGGAGCUAUCGAUUCGCAAUGAAAAUAGAAUCAGCGAUGAAGCACUGGUGACGUUUAGUUGCUCACAACUCCGUGUCUUGGAUCUCAGUUCUUGCUCCAAGAUUUCCGACCAGACGUUCAUACAACUACCGCAAUGCCCACAACUGGAAUCACUUAUUCUCGAAGCGUGUUACAAUAUUACUGAUGCCGCAGCUCUCAACAUCUCACAAAAGAUGCCGUCGCUCAGAAAGAUAUCACUCAAGAGCUGUAAAUUCAUAACAGACACUGGAAUUAUCAAUAUUGUCCAACGAUGUAGUAAGAUCGAAGAUAUGAAACUGUCACGUUGCCAUUCACUCUCUGAUGUGGCAGUGGAAGCGAUUUCCACUCAACUCUCUGGAGUGCUAGAGAGAAUUGACUUGUCGAUGUGUCCACAACUCUCUGUGGAAUCAUUGAUAACACUUCUUCAACUCUGUACGAAACUGACAGCUAUCAAUCUAUCGGAAAAUCCAAAGGUGAACAAUGAGAUUGUCAGUAUCAUUAGUAACCAAUUCCCAGGAGUUAUACAUCUAAGAUUGGAUUCGUGUACAAAGAUUACCGACAUCGAUGGAACCCUGGAACUUUCAACUCCGUCACUCCAAACACUCUCCAUCAAGAAAUCUCAAAUCAGUCACCAAAGUUUCCUGAAUAUAACUGCAUCGCUUCUCAACCUGACAUCACUCUCUGUCAAGUCGUGUCUGCAGCUGACAGACCUCUCAUUCUCAUCGAUAGGAUUCCUCACCCAACUUGAAUACCUGGACAUCAGUGACAACUAUCGGCUGUUGGACAACUCUAUGCAAUCGAUAUGCAAAUCUCUACACCGUCUGAAGCAUCUGGAUAUCUCCCAAUGUCUCAGAUUAUCGACCAAGGCAUUCUUUAUGAUUGGUAAACAUCUGACAAAGCUGGAAGAACUCUUGAUGGUUGGCUGUGCAAGUUUGAACGACACUGCAGUACUUUACUUUGCAGAGAAUCUCUUCAUGUUGCGACAUAUCGAUAUUAGCGCAUGUACUCUCAUCACUGACAAGUCAAUCUAUGCACUUGCCCACAACCAACUGUACCUCGAGAAACUGUUCCUUCGUGACUGCAUGAAUAUCACUCAAUCCGCCAUAGACUUUGUUCGUGACAAGUGCAAUUUGUUCCGUCUGACACGUCUGUCGCUACACUCUCUACCGUUGAUGGGUGAACUCAAGAUGUAUCCAAACGAACUGAUUCUCAAACCAAUUAAAUACUCAGAGUCAUCGGGUAAUGAAUGGCGACAGAAAUCACAGAAACAAAACGAGAAAGCCAUCGAAAAUAAGAUUAAACAACAGCUACGUGCACAGAAAGCCUUGGAGAUGGAACAACAACAUCUGCAACAAGAACAACAGCAAAAGGAACAACAGGAACUAGAGAAGAAGAAGCGCCUAUUAGAAUUACAGAAACAAAGAGAAGCAAUGAAACCAAAGUACGAACCAUUCACAAGCGUUCGUGAGUACAAAACACUUGUGAAAGGUGACCGCAAAGGUUUAGAUCCACAGAACCUAGAGAAAUACUUGUCACCACAGGAAUUCGAAGCGGUAUUUGGAAUGAAUCAAGAACAAUAUGAAAAAUUAUCAAAAUGGAAAAAAGAUGAUAAGAAGAAAUUAUUACAUUUAUUUUAA